UGGGGUGGGGGCGAAGGACACCCUAGCUAAGCCAUGUACUUAGCAUGCCCUCAUCCCAGCUUGCCCUCAUGCAGCUGCAUUGCCGCAGGCUAUCCCCCUCCAGCGGAUAAAGGCUACCCGCGGCGCUCCACGUGCACGAGCGCGCAAAAGGCCCUGCGCAGCGGAAACACGUGUGCAGCACGCGGCGGCAUCCGGGCGGCCAUGGACGUGGGCGCGGAUGAGUUUGAGCAGAGCCUCCCGCUGCUGCAGGAGCUCGUCUCGGGUGCAGACUUCGUGGGUCUGGACAUAGAGUUCACCGGUCUGCGUUCAAACCUGUCCCAGCCCCAACAGAUCAGUCUUUUUGAUUUGCCUUCUGAGUGGUACCUGAAGACCCGGCAGAGUGUACAGCAGUUCACAAUCUGUCAGAUUGGAUUGUCUCUGUUUUCCAGUAUUGAAGGAGAGUCAAACAAGUAUGUAGCCCAUUCCUGUAACUUCUUCCUCUUCCCUACAACAUUUGGGAUUUUGGAUUCAGAAUUCUCUUUCCAGGCUUCUAGUGUUCAGUUUUUGAAUCAGUAUGGCUUCGACUAUAACAAGUUUCUUAAAAAUGGAAUCCCGUAUAUGAAUGAAGAACAGGAGAAGAAGAUUAAGCACAGCAUCCUGAGAGGGAACUGGCGAGUCCGGAGCUCUCUGGAUAAAGACCAGAUUAAGGUGGUGAUUGAUGAGGUGACACGGUGGCUGGACCUAGCGAAGGAAGGUGACCAGAUGACUCUGCCUGGCAUCGCUGGGUUCCAAGCCUUUGAGGUCCAAUUGGUGCUGAGGCAGGCCCUCCCCAACAUCUGGACAGUGCUGAAAGACGAGGGGGUGGUGGUGAAGAAGGUGAGCCAGCAGCAUCGCUGGUACCUGGAGCACGCCUCUUGUGACCAAGUCAGCUGUUGGAAGGAGCAGAUUGUUCUCUCUGCCAGGGGCUUUUCUGUCUUUUUCCAGAUGUUAGUGAAGGCCCAGAAGCCCUUGGUAGGACACAACAUGAUGAUGGACUUGCUGCAUCUGCAUGAGAAGUUCUUCAGACCUCUUCCAGAAAGCUAUGACCAGUUUAAGCAGAACAUCCACAGCCUGUUUCCUGUCCUCAUUGAUACCAAGAAUGUGACAAAGGACAUCUGGAAGGAACUGCGUUUCCCACGGGUCUCCAACCUCUCAGAAGUAUAUGAAGUGCUGAGCAGUAACUUGAAUCCCACCAAGAAUUCUGGACCAGUGAUUAUUCAUGCAAGGCAGUGUGAAAAAUAUGCUGAGACCAAGUGCCCCCACGAAGCAGCGUAUGAUGCCUUCCUCUGCGGGUCAGUCCUUUUGAAAGUGGCACACUUGCUCCUACAAAGGAUGCACGGCAGUGGCUCUGUGCAUGAGCCUUCCUUCUCUCAGUACCUCGAUGUGCUGGCGCCUUAUGUGAACCAAGUGAAUCUUAUUCGAGGCCGGGUCCCUAAAAUUAACUUUUCUGGGCCAGAUUACCCCAGUAUCCGCCCUCCCGUCCUCAUCCUCACUGUCAGGAGGUGGUCUGGGGUCAGUGAGCAGCAGGUUUACCAUGAGUUCCAGAAUCUCUGCAAGUUUGAUGUCAGGCGGUUCACGCAAAGCCAGUUCCUGCUUCUGACCAAUAAGUUUAAGGAUGCCCGCAGCGUCCUGAAGGAGUACAGGAGCCACCCAACCCUGCAGGUCUCCUUGUACCGGUACUGGAGACACUCCCCAAAUAUCACCUGCCUGUUACAAGUCUGCAGCAUAGUCACCACCUGGGCCAUGAUUGCGUUCAUCCUGGGAAGAUCCAGCCCCCGAGCACAGUGAGCUUCCUCAGCCUCUGUCCUAGUUGGGCCCUCUUGGGUCAUGUGUAUAAUCUGAUUCUCUUUUCAGAUGAACCUAUAUGAUCCUUGUUCUGUUCUGAAUAUGAAAUUCUGUAAA